CGCGGCGCGCCCCCGUGGGCGGGAACGCGCGGCUCGUCGCCGCCGGGCUGCCAGGCACGACACGGAGCAGCCCGGCACGGCUCGGCCCGGCCCGGCCCGGCACCGCCCGCCGAGCCCCCCGCCCGCCUCCCGCCCACCCCCCGCGCCGCCAUGGACGGGGGCGCCUUCGGAGCGGGGAAAGCCGGCGGCGCCUUCGACCCGCACGCCUUCAUCCGGCAGCCGCACACCCUCCUGCGGCUCCUCUCCUGGGUGUUCUCCAUCGUGGUGUUUGGCUCCAUUGUCAACGAGGGGUACACGAACCACCUGGACGAGACACAAGAGCACUGCAUUUUCAACCGCAAUCGCAAUGCCUGCAACUAUGGCAUUACCGUGGGUGUCCUGGCCUUCCUCAGCUGCCUUCUUUACCUGGCUCUGGAUGCCUACUUCCCACAGAUCAGCAGCGUCAAGGACCGCAAGAAGGCAGUGCUCUCAGACAUCGGAGUCUCGGCCUUUUGGGCAUUCCUUUGGUUUGUUGGCUUCUGCUUUCUGACCAACCAGUGGCACGCUUCAAAAGAAGAGGACAACCCAAUGAAUGAGGGAGGGGAUGCAGCCCGAGCAGCCAUCACGUUCUCGUUCUUCUCCAUCUUCACCUGGGGCUUCCUCACGUUUCUGGCUUUCCGGAGACUCAGAGACAUUACUUUUCAGGAAGAAUACAACACCCUGUUCCCUAACUCCCCAUCCUUGCUGCCUUAGUGGCCCUCGCUGAUGGGGGAAUUUGGGGGAAGGGGUGGAGAAGUGCAGCUGGAGGAGGUUACUGAGCAGAAACAGUUCCAACGCCCCAACUGGGGGUGUGUGAUCACUGCAGGGCACAGGGUGGGAAGACAUGGGCCACUGAACUGGAGUGGAAUUGUCCCUGCUAUGGGGGAUCUCCCUCCGGGGAGUUGGAACUGGCAGUUUCUUCUCCUCCUCCUCUGCUCCCUUCUCUCCCUCACCCAUACCCUAACUAAUGCUGCAUAACACUGCUGUGCCUUUCUUUCGAUGACUGCUCAGACCUAAUACUUCAGCCAGGAGAUGCCCUCUGCCUCCACCACUUUAUCUCCUCCAUUUCCUUCCAGCCCCCAUUCCCCAAAAACCUCUCCCCCUGUCACCUGCUAGACUGCUCACCUCUGUCAGAAAUGCUCUGGGACAACGAGCUGUGCUUGCUGGGGUCUGUGUUGCUGAACUCCCUCAGUCCACCAAAGGGUGUCUUGCCUGCAGUGCCUGGGGCAGGA